AUGGUUCUCACAGGUAGAGGUGGCUUCGGAAACUUUUCCUCCAGUUCAAGUGCUCAAUCCCCAGUUUUGGAGCCCUCCCAACCUCCUCCCGUUCAAUCCUUUAAGUCAGCAUCCCAGCCUGUUUCUACUGGCCGUGGUGGUUACGGUAACACUAUCCCCAUCUCCAAGAUUUCAACAUUGACUCCUAACGAGUACCUAGCUGAACUCCAGCGUUCAGUCGAUGCCACCCCAGCAACAGUUUCUGUUGGCAGAGGAGGAUCCGGCAAUAUCCGCCCACCAACUGAUACAACAGAGGGAAGACAUACUAAUGCUUCCAUCUCUCCUAUUCUGGCUCCCGGAUCUUCUCCUAGACAUGCUCCAGCAUCAUCACCUCUUGUUCCUGUCCAGUCCAAUUCGUCCCACCUAUCAACGUCCAGCUUGAAGCCUUUGGAUGGUUAA